AUGCAGCAGUGGCAAGUCGGUCCCGUACCGGACCUUACGUACUUCAGCAGCUCCAACACUCAUCAAAAUGAGAUGCACGCGCCUUCCCAUUCGUACCAGCAAGAUAUGGCGCGCCGCAACGAGCGGAUGGAUUUCCCGCCCUACGGCCAGCCUCAGCCUGGUCAGCCUCAUCAUCCGCCUCCGGUACAGCCGCCCAUGAACGUACCGCAGCCUCCCACCGGCCCGCCGCAACCGCAGCCACAGCAAGCUACUCCUACGCCUCCCGCUGGUGGUCGACGAAACAAGCGCCCCCAGCCGCCCACUUCGGCGUCGCCGGUUACCUCUGCGCCUCAGAUUCCUCCCACCUCGGUCACGGCUCCCCCUCAACCGGCGCCUCCUGGUGGCCCCGCCCAGCCCGCCGUGGACAACGCUGCCGCGCCGGCCCCAACUCCCCCACCCGUGAAGAAGAGCCGCACCAACACGCCAUGGACGCCUGCGGAAGAGCUCCGACUCAAGCAGAUGCGUGACGCUGGAAAGAGCUGGGCUGAGAUUGCCAAGACUUUCCCCACGCGUACCGAGGGUAGCGUCAAGAAGCACUGGUACAAGGACAUGCACUACGCUGAGUUCGCCGAGGACGAGAGCCAGGCCCUCCUCAAUGCCAUUAAGGAGUACGAGAACAGCAAGUGGAAGGUCAUCGGACAAAAGGUUGGCAAGCCUGCAAAGGCUUGCGAACAGUACGCCAAGGAACACUUUCCGGAGCUCUUUAACCAACCUAAGCAGAGAUAA